AUGAAGCACCUGGAAAAUGAAAUUAAGGCACAAUGCCACAACAGAUCACUAAACAAGAAUGCAAUCGGCCCUGCAUCGGCAGACACCCACCCCACCCUGGCUUCUGUUGAUUCUCCCAUCAAUGAAGUGGUCGGCAAAUAUAAGACCAUUCUUGUUACCACAGAAGAUAAGAUCACAAAGAUAAUGCUGAAUCGUUUGGACAAGAAAAAUGCUAUCAAUCUUGUGAUGUAUGAAGAAAUUAUGCAAGCUCUUGAUAAGGCCUCCAAGGAUGAUUGUACUCUAACUGUUAUAACAGGACGUGGUGAUUACUUCAGUAGUGGGAAUGAUUUCAACAGUUUUGCUGAAAAUGUAGAUGAGAUAAUGAAAGAUGGUGGAAAGUUGCUGGCGAAAUUUGUCCAUUGUUUUGUAGACUUUCCUAAACCACUGGUAGCCCUGGUAAAUGGUCCUGCUAUUGGUAUUGCAGCUACUCUUCUUGGACUAUGUGAUCUUGUGUAUGCUACCAAUAAGGCCACAAUUCAAACUCCUUUUAGCCAGCUGGGAGUGAGUCCAGAAGGUUGCUCAUCUUAUACCUUCCCUAAGUUAAUGGGACCUGCAAAGGCAAAUGAGAUGCUUCUUUUCAACAAGAAAAUUACUGCAGAGGAAGCGUGUACCAAGGGACUUGUGACUGAAGUUUUUGCUGACAGCACUUUUCAGAGCGACGUUUGGACAAGGCUGAAAGCAUACGCAAAUCUUCCUAAAAAUUCUCUAGCCAUCUCCAAACAGUUAAUAAGAAGUAUGGAAAAAGAACUCCUGCGUGCAGUCAGUUUGCAGGAGAGUAAGCUGCUUGUGGAAAGAUGCAUUUCAGAUGAGGGGCUGAAUGGCGUCCAAAGCUUUUUCCAGAAGAAGUCAAAGCUGUGA